AUGGCGGGCAAAACGCAGAAGCUCCGUCUACCCCGAUUCCCCGAGACCCCCAGCCAGUCCUUGCGGGGGUAUAAGCAGUCCUUCUUCCCAGCCGCCAACAUGGCGGGCAAGGGUCUCCCGUUUGCCAUCUCGCGUGGACUGGACUUUUGGUGCAAAUCUCCGUCCAUUGUAACGGCUACUGCCUGCUUGUGGCACAUUGCCCGCACUCUGCACGUCUUGACAUGGAAAGAGGAUCCGGCAAUACGACGGACCACGGGCGACGACGACGAACGAAAUGUCCUGAAACCCGAUGAUCCUCAAGGCUCUCUCGGCUGCGCGGAGCCGCGGUCAAGGAUUCAAACGAGCGAGCAGCAUGAGACGCUGGUUCUCGGACUGGUCUCAUCGCCGAUCAGUUUGGAUAAGGUGUCGCGAGAGGGUGCAAUGGUGGGUGUAUGGAAACUGCAGAUUGUACAGCAGACUGUUGAAGCGGCGGCUCGGCCGAAACUCUUACUGCUGCAAACGCCGCCGACUUGGGCUCUGGGCUCUGGCAAGGAUGGUGCCGACGGGCUCGUCAUCUCCAUUGUGGACAGACUUUCUGCCAGGCAAAACAACGUAGCACGGACAACGGACCGCCUCUCUCUCCCUCUCCCAUUUAUGCCAAGAUUGACGAUUUAA